UUAGCUUGUGAUUGAAAUUGGAAGUAAAAUAAAAGAUACAUAAUUAUAGUUGAAUUUAUUAAAACACCUGUAAACUUACCAAAAUGGAGUUGAAAAUUGCAGGAAUAAUAAUUCUAGCCUGCAUUGCACUUGUAAAGUGUCAAGGACCAACAAAAGAUCGAGUAUGUGCAACUCUUAAAAAUGCAGAUGAUUGUUCUCAGCUUCAAAGAGGAAAUUCAGAAGUGAGUUGUGUUUAUGUCCAAGAUGCAAUUGAAUGUGCACAGAGAAUAAGAAAUGGAACAGCAGAGUUUGGAAUUCUUACAGCUGAAAAUGCAUUUCACAUGGCUACAUUACGAUAUGAUGGUUUAGCUGUAAUCAAGGAAUUGAGGCAUAAAGAAAAGAGGCUUGAACCAUUUGACUUUCAAUCAGUUGUAGUAGUGAGAAGCAACCAUUAUGAUGGAUUGAAGAAUUUACGUGAUGUGGACUACUGUCAUCCGGGAUUGCAUCAACGUCAACGUCAUGAGAGAUGGACAGAGGCAUUUUUAAAACAUUUUGAGCGACAGGUUGUUCCAUAUGACUGUGCUGAUGGAGAAACGCCUUCAGAAAUUGAGGCAGCUGCACUUGCAAAGCAUUUCAAUACUGCAUGUCGCCCUGGUGCUUGGUCACAUAUCGAGGAAGAAGAUAAGAAAUUAAAGGAAAAAUACCCAGCUUUAUGUGAGUUAUGUGAUGAUAAAGAAGCAUGUUCGUACACGCCAGCGCCUGCCACAGAUCAUCAAAAAGCUUUAGAAUGUAUGCUCAAAACAGAAAAUGGACUUGCAUAUGUUGCACAACAAGAAGCAAUCGACUAUUUCACAACAAACGCUGAACUACAAAAUAAUUUCCAAUAUUUGUGUCCAAAUGGCAGUUAUGAGCCUAUCUUUAACAACUCAAAUCCUUGUCCUUGGUUAAGGCAACCUUGGAGUCUUGUCGUUUCUAACAAUGAAAAUUCAUUGGGUAUAUCACAGCGUUUACAAAGAUGGACAUUGUUUGGUACAUCAUCUUGGGAAAUUGCACUCACCUCAAUUCUAACAUCAUCCGGUUCAAAUAUCCUCUAUCCUGUCCAAAACAUUGCUUUUCUAGUCGACUACGUUAAUCCAAUUCGUCCAAUACCUGCGGACAUUGGAAUGUGUACGACAACUUCUCACUGGUGUACACAUUCGUAUGAAGAGAAAGACAAGUGUGAUGUUCUUCGCGCUGCAGCUCUUUCAACAGGAAUCAAACCAAUUUUUGAAUGUAAUGAACCUCGUACAGAUGCUGUUUCGUGUAUAAGUGAUGUAUCAAGUGGAAAGGCAGACUUGCUUGGAAUUGACUCAAACUUUGGAUAUCUUGCAAGACAAGUUUACAACUUAUCGACUAUUCUUUAUGAAGAAACAGAAGACAGUAGAUAUUCGUCAGUUGUGGCUGUCAUUAAAGAAUCUGAUGCAGAGAGAAUCACAUCGUUUGAAGAUUUUCGUGACAAGAAAGCAUGCUUCCCAGAGUUUGGUGGCAUUGCAUCAAUUGCCUUUAUUAAUGUUGCAAAAGGUCGUGGAAUUUUUAAGCGAGAAGAUUGUACAUUUGGUCCAUUACUUGCAAGCUUUUUCAGUGACAGUUGUGUUCCUGGUAGCAAAAGCGUUUUCCAUGAUCCAACAAUAUCAAAUCCAGAAAACUUAUGCUCGCUCUGCCAAACACAAUUGAUGCAAACAACAACAACUCAAGCUAUUAAGGCAUUAGCUGGUGAAGUGGAAUACGAUGAAUAUGGAAAUAAAGUGCCAACCACAGAUGAUCCUAUUGAAGGCGACGAGGAGUUUGAUGAAAAUGUUCCACACAUACCGAAUCGUUCGAUAAAUUGUGCAGCAUCAAUCUCAAAUCGCUUUUAUGGUACUCGUGGUGCACUAACAUGUCUGAAUGAAGUCGGUGAUGUUGCCAUUCUGGAGCAUCAGAAUCUUGAAAAUCAUGCACGUGCAUUAAAUUUAAAUCCAGACAAUUUCCGAAUUUUAUGCAGAAAUGGCUCGUUGGCAAGCAUGACAGGUUUUAACGUUGAUCCUUCAUGCUACAUGACGACCAUUGUCGAUGGUGAAAUCGUCGUCAAUCGCAACAACUCGAGAAAUAUGGGAAUUCUAAAUGCACUUAUUUCGCUUGAUUUAUACUUACAAUCUGACCCAGAUUUCAAAAUGUACAAUAUUUUCAGUGGAGUCAAGGAUUUACUGUUUGAGGAUAGUGCACUUGGCUUAGUUGCACCCGAUUCCAUGUCAUUAAGUAAAAGUGUCGAGAAUUACAUCCAACUAUUCUCAGAUGUCGAAAAUUGCAUGAGCGACACUGAUUCUGCUCAACAAGCUACAUUUAAUUUGCUCUUAUCACUUUCAUUAAUUUUAUUCACAAUUUUAAUUAGAAAUUAAUUGAAUUUUCCAUUUUAGAGAACAUUCAUUUCCAUUCCAUCUUUUAUUCUUUUCUCUUUAAAUGUAUUCACGUUGAAUCAUAUCACAAUGUACUUUAUACAUGCUUCAAGUUAGAUGACAAGUAAAGACACUUAUCUUAAAAAACAAUAUAUUGUUGGUGCAUUUUCUAUUGGAUUGAUUGGUAAACAUUUUCUUUUAUCAGUUAAUUUAUGUCUUUUGUGAAUUUAUUAUAUAUUUAACUUUGAGCGAAAUGUAUGAGUUUGAUAACAAAUUAUGGUAUGGAUUAUAAAUGUUUAAGGAACAUUUAAUCUGUUUUGGCUUUAAAAUUGUAAAAAACAACAAUUGAUUUUAAAGUUUAAAAUACGAAAUAUCAUCGAUGCAGAUAAGACCACUGUUGGCAAAAAGCAUAAGAAACUUUUCCAAUUGCUGAUGCCUCAAAAAAAGUUUUAGACUUUAAACGCAAAAAAUCAAACCAAUACAAAUAUUUGUAAACGUGACAAUCAUUUUAAUUAAGUAGAAAAUUAGGCAAACACUACACAGUAAUAAGCAUAUCACAUAAAUUAAAUAUGAAAUGGAACUUUAGUAAAUAAGUCAUUAUUACAUAAAAUAUGAGCAUAUAUUGUCAUUCAAUAUUCAUGCUGUGUAUUGUGAAAUAAAAACAAUCCGUGCCGGAACUACUUAGUAAUUUUUGCAAUUCAAUUUCUGGAAGGGUUAGUCCAAUUACAGUAAUUGUUUAAUGUAAAAUCACAAAGUCUUUUGUUUGUGAUUUAUAUCCAGCCAGUAGUUAUAUUCACAAUAGGUCUUCAAAAUG